CCCUAACCGUGUAGGUUUCUCUUACACACCCUAUAGAUGUGCUUUUGCUGUUUCAAGUUUUAAUCUUUCCCAGCCAAGCAUAACUUUAGUUUUCUAUUCUUCACUCAUCCCCUCUUCUUAGUUUUCCUUUUUUCUCAAUAUUAUUUUAAAAUUAUCUGCCCAUGAAGAUGGAGAUGACUUUGUAACAGUUGUAUAACAGCAUUUGUCAGAAAAGGAAGUGAAGACAUGGCUAACAAGUGUGUUAUAUAUGCACCAGACACCAUGAAUAGAGUCAGCCGUCACUCUUCCAGUGCUCCCUCUUCUUCCUCUUCUUCUCCUGGUUCCUUAAUGGGGAUGGUUUACCCAGACAUGGGUUCUCUUUCUCUUGGUCCGAACUAUGGUAUUGUAGGCUCUAGUGGUUCUUCCUCACAGGAUAAUUAUGCUUGCAGGGGCUCAGAGAUGGAAAAUGAAAGAGCUUCUUGGGGUUUUCAUUUCAUGGAAAACUACAAAACCAGGAGCUUUGAGGAAAACCACGGCUCUGAUGUUGUGGAGGGUAAGGGCUCUGAUUGCAGUGAUGAGUUUGGAGAUAAUAGUAGGAUAAUUAAUCUCAUUGCCAACUUAAAUGAGGAGAACCCCAAUGAGAAUGCGGUAAGUGGCCAGGAAACAGAUAGUGGGCAGUCAAAACUUUGUGCCAGAGGCCACUGGAGGCCUGCUGAAGAUACUAGGCUCAGGGAACUUGUAGCUCUUUAUGGCCCUCAGAACUGGAACCUUAUAGCAGAGAAGUUGGAUGGAAGAUCAGGUAAGAGCUGCCGGCUAAGAUGGUUUAAUCAGUUGGACCCUAGGAUCAAUAGAAGAGCUUUUACUGAAGAAGAAGAAGAGAGGCUAAUGCAAGUUCAUAGACUUUACGGUAACAAGUGGGCAAUGAUAGCGAGGUUGUUCCCUGGAAGAACUGAUAAUGCCGUCAAGAACCAUUGGCAUGUUAUUAUGGCUAGGAAUUAUAGAGAACAAUCGACUGCCUAUAGGAGGCGGAAGCUGAGUCAAUCUGUUUAUGUAAGGAUGGAAGAAACUCCGAACUUAGUCUGCAGAGAUGCAGCCACAAAAGCAGCAGCACCCCCAUACUGUCUCAAUAUCCCCAAUAGAAGACUUGGCAUUAUCUCCCAGUAUCACUUUGGAACAUUCAACGGUGCUGAUGUUGGGGUUAAUGGAGGCUCAAAUGUUUCACCCCACAUGACCAGUAGGAAAGAAGCAAUCUCAAGCAGCGAGGUCCCUCACAAUGGGUUUUGUGCACAACAGGCACCUUUUGAUUUUUUCCCUGGUUUUAAUAGCAAUGACAUGAUGGGCAUGUUCAGCCACACCAGAUCUUGGCAUAUGCCCAUUGAUGAACCCCAAAUCUCUGGUUUCUAUCCCCAGCAGCAGCAGCGGCACCCUUCAUACAAGAUGGCAAUGCUACAGUCAGAGUUCCCCAGCUUCCCUAGCUCCCAAAGUCUCACAGAUUCCACAGCAGCGACACCUCAAGUUUCAGUCAGUGAAGAUUCAUCAGCAGUGGCAGGGAGCAGAGCGGCAGCCAGCAGCCACAACAACUAUGAGACCGUUCCACCACCAUUCAUUGACUUUCUUGGAGUAGGAGCCACAUGAAGUUACUCAAAAAGCAUAAACAAAAAGCCUGAAAAUGGUUUUCCACCUUAAUGUGGAAGUGCUCCAAGGUAACUGAGAGGCCAUUAGAGGUAAAAGAGAAAUGGCUUUGUAUUUCAGAUGGGUGACAGUAGGUAAUCUCUGCAUCAGUCUGUCCAAGUCAUAUCCCCCAGCAUCUUUUUCUUGUUAACCCCUCCCCCUUUUCUCUCCUGAAU